AUGACGAGUAUUAAAAUAUACCAAGUCGAUGCAUUCACUGAUCAAUUGUUUGGCGGUAAUCCGGCAGCUGUAUGUCCACUAGAUAAGUGGUUACCCGAUGCAGUGAUGCAAAAUAUUGCUGCUGAAAACAAUCUGUCCGAAACAGCUUUCUUUGUACCUACUUCCAGUGACAACACAUACGAACUUCGCUGGUUUACACCUACGGUGGAAAUAGACUUAUGUGGUCAUGCGACCUUAGCGACAGCACAUGUAAUUUUCAUUGAAAUGUCUCCCAUGAAACAGGAGAUCAACUUUCAGACGAAGAAGGCUGGUGAACUCAUAGUAUACCGACAAAAAGAAAAUGAUUUAUAUACCCUCGAUUUUCCAGCUCGCCCAGCUACCAAAGUCGAUUUGCCAACUGGCAUGUUGUCAGCGCUACAAAGUGAAAAGGCUCCAAUUGGUGUUUAUAAGGCAAGGGACUACUUGCUCGUUUAUGAAAACGAGGCCGACGUCAAACAGUUGUCGCCGAACUUCACUGCAUUGAGCAAAAUCGAUGAUGCUUUUGCUGUGAUUGUCACAGCUCCUGGUGACGAAGUAGAUUUUGUUUCACGAUUUUUUGCUCCUAACGCCGGCGUUCCCGAAGAUCCCGUUUGUGGUUCAGCUCAUUGCACUUUGACUCCUUUCUGGUCUGAACGAUUAGGUAAAAAUCAACUGCACGCUUACCAGAUUUCGGCGCGUAAGGGAGAACUUUGGUUGGAAUAUAAAGAUGAUCGAGUGUUGCUUUCUGGCAAAGCGGUUACAUAUUUAAAAGGAGAAAUCAAUAUUUGA